AUGGCAGGCACCCAGGAUUAUCAAGUGGGUGAGAAACGCGCAGCGGUGUCGGCCGAACCCGUCGUUAAGAAGCGUAAACGCUAUGAAGAGAAGCCAGAGAAGGCCAACCGUCGCGAUGAGCGCCGCGAGGUCAUGGCACAGGCGAAAACGACCUGGGAGCAGCUGCGACCAAAAGCGACGAGUUCGGACAAAUCUGUCAAGCUCGUCGCUGAGUUGUUGAAAUUGCUCAGCGGACGCAUUGUGGAAUUUGUCUUCAGGCACGAUGGUUCGCGCAUCGUCCAGUGGAUGCUCGCGGAUGGGGACAAUGCUCAGAAGACAAGCGUGAUGAAGGAGCUUAUUGAGGGCUCCAAGAAACCCGCCAUGGAGGGAGAAAUGCCCUUUUUUGUCAAACUCGCUUGCGAUAGAUACGGCCAUCACUUGGCUUUCAAGAUGUUGCGCGUAGGGGAUAAGAAGGAAAAGUCACUUCUCUAUGACAACUAUUUGCGCGGUAAUGUCGCCCAGUUGAUACGAAAUUCCUAUGGCGCUGAUGUCCUUGACUUUGCUUUCCAGACCGUGUUGAAGGCCAAGGAAAAGACGGAGCUUGUCCUUGAACUACUUUACAUGAAGCAACGCAAACUCCUAGACACCUUUCGCACCACCAUUUUGAAAGAAGCAUCUGAAAAGACACAAUCUUCUGUCAAGCCGCAACCACAACCCGCGUCCAUAUUUGCACACUCUCUUGACGUUGUCGGAGAAACUUUUGCAAGCGCCGUCGUCGAUUCUGCAGGCACCAUUCUCAGCCAGCUUUUGGAUAAAGAAAAACUGCUGCGUUUUGAAAUCAUCCACGCGGCCCUCAAGGAGUACAUGCUCGUCGUAAUGGAGUCGUACCCGAAGGAGAAGGCUCAGGAAAUGGCUGUGCUGCUAGGACCUGUGCUGGUUCACUUCGCACAUAGUAAGCCUGGCAUUUUCGUUGCGAUCAACUGCGUUAAGAUACUGGACGCCAAGCACAGAAAGAAAGUUGUUCGGGCUCUAAAGACACACAUUCGAAAGCUCCUCGAGGAUGAAUAUGGUCAUCGCUUGAUUUUGGCUCUCUUCGAGUGGGUGGAUGACACGCGGCUAGUUGGGAAGACGGUAUCGGCUGAAAUUUUUUCGAGCUCGAGUAUGGCGGCGGAGAUGGCUGAGAUCGAAAUGGCAUCCAAAUCUAGUUCACGUGGCGGUAAGUCCAAGGCUGACAAAAAGGGGAAGCAACCGAAAGAAACAACAAAGAUUUCGACAAAGGAAGUUGACAUGGGGUAUGUGAAAACCAUGUGUCAGCACAAAUACGCAAGGGUACCUGUGUUGAGUUUGUUCUUCGGAAGGGAUACACGAUAUUUCAAUCCUGACGUGUACGGUGUUGUAUGGGGCGAGGUCGACACAGAAAAGUUUGGGCAGCUUUCAAAAAAGGAUGUGAAGGUUCGAAGGGAAGAAUUACGUGUGGUUUUUGAAGCUUCUAUUUGUGAUCUAAUGAGGAAAGACCUGGUGAGUCUCCUUCAGAGUCGGUGGUCUGCUCCUAUGGUUUUAGGUGCGCUCGUAAAUAGCUCUACGAGUGGGGCGGUCAGCACGGGCCUGACGGAAGCGCUCAAGGAUGAGAAAAAUAUGAAAAUAUUGACUGGGGAUACCUGCGCUCGGAAAACGGUUGGGACUGUGUUUAAGAUUGGUGGGAAGGGACUAGCGUGCCGUGUUCUGGAUGAGUGCGGAAUGUCAAUCAUUCGAAAAUUUGUUAAGAGAGAGGGGUCGGCAGCCAUCGCAAGGCACCUGGUGAAUAGCGCUGAGCGAGAUGAUGCGAAUCGUGCGCUCCACGCGGCAGGAUGCUCCAAUGAUGGAUGAGAGAGGGCAGAGUUAGUAGGACAGUGUUUCCGCGCUUUUGCCAAACGUGAGAUAAAAUAGGUGUUUCGGAGAGAUGGACAUUGUUUUAGAUGCUGCGUUUGGGUCGUGUGAGGAGGGGGUGAAUAGCGUCACUUGGCGCGAUGAAAAAAUUCUUUUUGAAGCAUGGAAUGGAAUGUGUAGGAUUGAUGAAUAAGGGAAAAGGCUAUAGUAGUCAGCUUGACGAUGCGAGAAGAUAAAUGGGUAGUGCCAUGAGAAGGGCGAUUAAGUAGU